ACUUGAUUGCUGCAUGCCCGAAGGAGGGAAAAGGUGUCGCCCGCCGGUAGAAUCGGGGAUACGGGUGGGCGGUUCGAAUUCUGGUCAGAAACCCCGUUUACAACUCCCUGUCACCUUGGAGAUGCUACAGAGUACUCAUUCGUGCACAGCCUUAUUAGAUUCUGGUUCUGAACAGAAUUUAAUCAGUCUCGAUCUCGCUGAACGAUUAGGCGUUCCGCUCGUGCGCCUUGAGCCGCCCAUUCCAGUUAGAGCGAUUAAUAACCAGGUUUUCACUAGAAUUUCUUUUCGCACUGGUCCAGUGUCACUGUGCACUUCGGGGAAUCAUAGGGAAAAACUCACCUUUUUUGUCCUCGAUUCACCUGAUACUCCGCUCACUUUGGGUUAUCCCUGGCUGUGCUUACACAAUCCGCACUUGGAUUGGGAGGGGCAAAGGGUUGUCAGCUGGAGCCCUUUUUGCCACUCCAAUUGUCUGACUUCCGCCCGUUUUCCCGGCCCGGGGGAGGUUACGGGGACUGACGAAUAUGUCCCCGAUCUCUCAGGGGUGCCGCCUGAGUAUCAUGAUUUGCGGGAGGUAUUCAGUAAGAUCAAAGCGCAGUCCCUACCGCCCCAUCGCCCUUAUGACUGUGCGAUUGAUUUGCUCCCCGGAGCGUCCCUGCCCAAGAGCCGGUUAUAUAGUAUCUCUAGGCCUGAACGUGCUGCGAUGGAGGAGUAUAUUAGGGAUUCAUUAGCGGCUGGGUUAAUCCGUCCGUCUUCGUCCCCCGUGGCGGCGGGGUUUUUUUUUGUAGACAAGAAGGAUGGGUCUCUUCGGCCGUGUAUUGAUUUCAGGGGCUUGAAUGACGUCACUGUUAAAAAUAAGUAUCCCUUGCCACUCAUUAGCUCCGCUGUUGAAUCGCUACAGGGUGCCACGGUGUUCACUAAGUUAGAUCUUCGCAAUGCUUAUCAUUUGGUGCGAGUCCGUCAGGGAGACGAGUGGAAGACCGCGUUUAACACCCCCCUGGGUCAUUUCGAGUAUCUCGUUAUGCCUUUCGGUUUAACGAACGCUCCAGCGGUGUUUCAGGCCCUAAUAAAUGACGUCCUGCGGGAUUUCCUCGACCGUUUUGUGUUCGUCUAUUUAGAUGACAUUCUUAUUUUUUCUAAGUCUUUGGCUGAGCAUCAUUCACAUGUCCGUGCUGUCCUUCAACGCCUCUUGGAAAACAGACUGUAUGCCAAGGCUGAGAAAUGUGAGUUUCAUUUGACAUCGGUCUCUUUCCUGGGAUACAUCUUGGCAGGGGGGCAGGUGAAGACGGAUCCGGCUAAGGUGAAGGCGGUCACUGACUGGCCUGUGCCUUCUACUCGCAAGCAACUCCAGGGGUUUUUGGGAUUUGCGAAUUUCUAUCGUCGGUUUAUAAGGAACUACAGUCUAGUGGCGGCUCCGCUUACACGCCUUACCUCUACGAAGCUUCCGUUCGGCUGGUCCGCCGAAGCUGACAGCGCAUUCACGGAGCUGAAACAUCUGUUUUCUACUGCGCCCAUCCUCGCUCAACCCGAUCCGUCUAAGGCUUUUAUUGUGGAGGUGGAUGCUUCUGAUGUGGGGGUGGGGGCUGUGCUUUCACAACGUGCCGGCCCCUCCUCUAAGCUGCGGCCGUGCGCCUUUUUCUCUCGGCGGCUUUCACCAGCGGAACGGAACUAUGAUGGGGACCGGGAGCUGCUUGCCGUUAAGUUGGCGUUGGAGGAGUGGCGUCAUCAUCUGGAAGGCGCGGCGCUACCGUUCCUGGUGUGGACGGAUCAUAAGAACUUGACGUACCUACGCGGUGCGAAGAGGUUGAAUGCACGUCAAGCUCGUUGGUCGCUGUUUUUCGCACGUUUUAACUUUUCCAUUUCCUAUCGCCCGGGUUCCAGAAACACCAAACCGGAUGCCCUCUCUCGGCAGUUUGACUCUGACACGGGUCCGGCGGAGUUUUCCACCAUUCUUCCGGCCGGCUGUACGGUGGGAGCUAUUACCUGGGAGGUGGAGGACGCCAUCGACCGGGGCCUCCGGACGGAACCGGAUCCGGGCACGGGACCGCCUAACCGGCGUUUUGUUCCCGCGGCUGCUCGCUCCAAGGUACUGGAAUGGGUGCACGCUUCGAGGUUUGCGUGUCACCCGGGCAGGGGCAGGACGACUUCUAUGGUUAAGAGACAUUUUUGGUGGGCCACUCUGGAUAAAGAUGUUCGGGAGUAUGUGGCUGCGUGCCCUGUGUGUGCCAGGUGUAAGUCGCGUACUCACCGUCCUGCUGGGCUGUUGCAGCCGUUGUCUACGCCUCAUCGCCCUUGGUCCCACAUCGCCCUGGAUUUUGUUACGGGACUCCCGGUUUCGGCUGGGAAGACCACUAUUCUCUCGGUCGUGGAUCGGUUUUCUAAGGCUGCUCAUUUCGUCGCUUUGGAGAAGUUGCCCACUGCGGCUGAGACGUCUACGUUGUUGUUGGACCAUGUUUUUCGGCUUCAUGGCAUUCCUGUGGAAAUAGUUUCGGACAGGGGUCCGCAGUUCUCGUCCCAGGUUUGGGGUUCUUUUUGCGCUGCUUUGGGGGCCAGGCCUUGUCUGAGCUCUGGUUACCAUCCUCAGACGAACGGCCAGACGGAACGUUUAAAUCAGGAGCUGGAGGCCGCGCUCCGCUGUGUGACCUGUCAUAACCCUGCGACUUGGGCCUCGUAUCUGCCGUGGGUGGAAUAUGCCCACAACUCCUUGGUUUCGUCUGCUACUGGGUUGUCACCGUUUGAGGCCUCUUUGGGUUAUCAGCCGCCCCUGUUUCCGGUGGAGGAGGCUGAUCUUGCUGUCCCCUCGGUCCAGCAUCAUCUACAGCGCUGCCGUCGGGUCUGGUCUCGUACGCGGGAGGCGCUGUUGCGAGCUGUGGCUCGCCAACGUAGCUGUGCCGACCGUCGCCGGUCUCCUGCGCCUGUUUACUCACCUGGACAGAAGGUGUGGCUCGCUGCGAAAGACAUCCCUCUCAGGGCAUCCUCCCGCAAGUUGUCUCCUCGUUACAUCGGCCCCUAUUCUGUGGACAGGGUCCUCAGCCCUUCGGCUGUCAAGCUCCGUUUGCCUGCUGCCUUGAGGGUUCACCCGGUCUUUCACGUUUCUCAGGUGAAGCCGGUGGUGUCUAGUCAUCUGUGCCCGCCUCCGGUGCCCCCGCCUCCCGCCCGGCUCAUUGACGGGCAUCCUGCGUUUUCUGUCCGGCGCAUUCUGGAUGUGCGGCGGCGGGGUAGGGGGCUGCAGUUUUUGGUGGACUGGGAGGGUUAUGGGCCGGAGGAGCGUUCUUGGGUUCCUCGUUCUUUGAUGCUUGACUCUGUGAUGGUUUCUGAUUUUCUUAGGUCACGUCGUGGGGCGGGUGCUGGUCGGCCGCCGGGUGGCGUCCCUUGAGGGGGGGUACUGUCAUGGUCCGGGUGUGUGCCAGUGUGUCUCCCUCCGAGCCGGCGUCUCCACCCCUGGGAGGGGCCUCAGUGUUUUUGCUGAUCGUUGACAUCUGUGGGUAAUUAGCCGGGGGACUCAUAAGGCCAGCGUUCUCAAUCUCUCUUCGCCAGAUUCUCUGCUAAACAUCACUACACCUAACUGUUAAACCCCUGGCGAAGAGCUUCUACUUGGAUGCUGGACCUUCUGGCAGUCCCUCAGGCUACCACCAAAACUACCUACCUGCCUCUCUGCCUCCACGCCAGGAGUUUUUGGAUUUACACACCCGGAUUACUCCCCCUCUAUGUCAUCUCCGACCUCCGUUGGCAAGUACACAUGACCCCGACCUUUUCCUGGACCUUUUGUGACUUGCUUUCCAGUCCAAUCCCCGGACCCGGACCAGAUCAUUAUUUAGUUAACGUCUACGCUCACCUUUUGUUUAUGAAUAUUUUGUGUGCACAUUAAACAUUAUUCUUAAAAUAUA